AUGAUUGAGCUAUCUUCAACAAUACCCAGUCAGAUUCGGUUCCUUCUUUGCUCCUUGGACGAAGCCAAUGUCGACUCCGUCUUUCGUGAUCUCUGUCAGUUCAUGGAGUAUGGAAUUGAAGGAAGUAUUUUGACGCUCGAAACAUGUUUGGAAUAUUUGAAGACCGACUUGAAAAACAUGCAGUUGGAACCUGUACUUGUUUCGGUUUUCAAUUUGGAGAUCACUGAAGAUUUCUUAGAGAAUUUGUCUAAUUUAUUGAAGUUAUCUGUGGCUGAGAAAAUUGGUAUUGGUCUCGCACUCUCUGAUUCAGAUAAUGCUGAUACCAGGAUGUUUGCAAAGAAGUUUUGUAUGGCUCAAAUUGAGGAAUUGUGUGCGAAUCCUGUUCCGAUAAAUUCUGUUGAGCAAAUUCAGAAUAUUGUUAUGUUCCUCCAGCGGUCUGAGGGGUUUUCCAAGCAUGUUGAUAACUUUAUGCAGAUGUUGUCAUUAAUGCAGUCGAAAGAUGUUAUCCCAUUUGUUUUAACUCCAUUGAUUUCUGAUGAAAUGCGCGAGGCCAAUUUUUUGAGAAAUAUGGAUAUCUUGCAUGGAGGCACAGAGAGUGAAUUUGAUGCUAUUUUAGCUGAAAUGGAGAAAGAGAUGAGCUUGGGAGAUAUUGUGAAAGAGUUAGGCUAUGGAUGCACAUUUGAUGCAUUGCACUGCAAAGAAAUAUUAUCUCCUUUUCUGCCACUGUCAGAAGUUACCAUCUCUAAGAUACUUGGAACAAUUGCCCGCAAUCUUACCGGUCUUGAGGACAACCAGAGCACAUUUUCAACGUUUGGCUUGGCUCUUGGUUGUAACAUUGCCACUGAUCUUCCACAGUUAAGCUCCUGGGACAUUGACAUCCUUGUGAAAACAAUCAAGCAACUUGCUCCUGGUACUAACUGGAUUCAAGUUAUCAAAAAUCUAGAUCAUGAAGGAUUUUACGUAGCUAAUGAGGAGGCAUUCUCCUUUCUGAUGUCUGAUCCAUUCCCUCUCCAUGCAGUCUGUGGGUCUCUUUGGAAGAAUACCGAAGGUCAACUAUCUUUUCUGAAAAAUGCAAUACUGGCACCACCAGAAGUGUUCACCUUUGCCCAUUCUGGAAGGCAGCUGAACUAUAUUGAUGCUGUGCAUGGUCAUAAGCUCCAAGUUGGGCAUGCUAAUCAUGCAUGGUUGUGUCUUGACCUUUUGGAUGUGCUUUGUCAACUGGCUGAGAGGGGUCAUGCUAGUUCUGUUCGAUCAAUGCUUGAGUAUCCUCUCAAACACUGUCCAGAAUUGUUGCUUCUUGGAAUGGCCCAUAUCAAUACUGCCUAUAGCCUCCUCCAAUACGAAGUGUCUUUUACCGUUUUCCCUCUUAUAGUCAAAAGCCCUGCUGGUGGUGGUAUGAUGCUUUACCUGUGGCAUCUGAACCCUAAUCUGGUGUUGCGGGGAUUUGUAGGUGCUCACAAUGUUGAACCAAACAUCAUGAUCAAGAUAUUGGAUGUAUGUCAAGAGCUUAAGAUUUUGUCAUCAGUAUUAGACAUGAUUCCCUUUCCUUCUGGUAUCAGAUUAGCAGCCCUUGCUUCAAGAAAAGAGCUUUUAGACCUCGAAAAGUGGCUGAGUCCCAAUACUCUUAGUAGUCUUGCCAAAUCUUAUCUUGGGAAUUCUAAAUGUGGCGUUACUAUGGAAUGUCUCAAGUUUCUGAAGGAGAUUCAGCUUGGUGGAUCACAGGAUUUUUCUGCCAAACCUUUUCAUCAUCAAAGUAAUAUUGUGAAUCUUUAUUCAGAGACUAGUUCAUCAUUCCUGAAGGUCCUUAAAGCCCACACCAGUUUAAUUAUCUCUACCCAACUUUCUGAGGAAAUGGAGAGAUUGCAUGCAACAGUUAUGGACUCUAAUCCGAGGCUGCAAAAUGGUAGCUCAGCAGAUUCAUCUACCCCUGAUGGGUUUUCGGAUGAUGUUGAGGCAGAGGCAAACUCUUAUUUCCAUCAAAUGUUUUCUGGUCAGCUGACAAUUGAUGCAAUGGUUCAAAUGCUUGCUCGAUUCAAGGAAUCUUCAGUGAAAAGGCCACCAUCACAGAGUUUUGAUAUCAGGGGUUCUGUUAUCAAGCACCAGCUUGUUACUCAUCUCACUCUUGGGAUUGCCUUGCGUGGUGUUUUAGAUGCGCUUCGCAAACCUCCAGAUUCCAAAAUGUUUGUGUUUGGGACCAAGGCUUUGGAGCAGUUUGUGGAUAGGUUGAUCGAAUGGCCGCAGUAUUGCAAUCAUAUCUUACAAAUAUCUCAUCUGCGCGGUACUCAUACUGAGCUUGUUGCUUUCAUUGAACGAGCACUUGCCAGGAUUUCAUCAGGGCAUUUGGAACCAGAUGGCACUAACAAUGCUUCUGCUGCUCAUCAUCAUGGUUUGUCUCAGGCUGCCUUGUUAAAUGGAGAGUCAAAUAGCAUUAGCAUUCCACAGCCUGGGCUGCAACCUUCCUCUGCACUAUACAGUCAACAGAGACAUGAAAGUUCACUUGAUGACCGUCUGAAAGCAUCUGCAGUUCCAUUUAAUGACAUUAAACAAUUUCCAUCUUCCAGUGGGCAAUCUUCAGUUGCUUCAAGUGAUGCUUCUAUUGUUCAGAAGAAUACAGUUUCUUCUUCGGCGUUGUUGUCUUCUUCACCUGGUUUUGUCCGUCCUUCCCGAGGAGUUACCUCUACCAGGUUUGGCUCUGCUUUGAACAUCGAAACACUUGUAGCUGCUGCAGAGAGAAGAGAAACACCAAUAGAGGCUCCAGGAUCAGAGAUUCAGGACAAAAUAUCAUUCAUAAUUAAUAAUAUUUCAGUUGCAAAUGUUGAAGCUAAAGCAAAAGAAUUCACUGAAAUACUGAAGGAGCAGUACUAUCCCUGGUUUGCCCAGUACAUGGUCAUGAAAAGAGCAAGCAUUGAACCCAAUUUUCAUGAUUUGUACUUGAAGUUCCUUGAUAAGCUUAAUUCAAAAGCUUUAAAUAAGGAGAUUGUCCAAGCAACAUAUGAAAAUUGCAAGGUUCUUUUGGGAUCAGAGCUUAUAAAAUCUAGUUCAGAAGAGCGUUCAUUGCUGAAAAAUUUGGGAAGCUGGCUUGGGAAAUUAACUAUUGGAAGAAACCAAGUGCUAAGGGCACGUGAAAUAGAUCCUAAAUCUUUGAUCAUAGAGGCAUAUGAGAAAGGAUUGAUGAUAGCAGUUAUACCAUUUACAUCCAAGAUUCUGGAGCCAUGCCAAAGCAGUCUAGCAUACCAACCUCCUAAUCCUUGGACCAUGGGCAUUCUUGGAUUGCUGGCUGAGAUCUACUCAAUGCCAAACUUGAAAAUGAACCUCAAAUUUGACAUAGAGGUCUUGUUCAAGAACCUUGGUGUAGAUAUGAAGGACAUAGCACCAACUUCUCUUCUGAAGGAUCGGAAAAGGGAAAUUGAAGGGAAUCCUGAUUUUUCCAAUAAAGAUGUUGGAGUAUCCCAACCACAGAUGGUUCCUGAAGUUAAGUCUGGAAUUUUAUCUCCACUAAAUCACGUAGAGCUACCACUUGAGGUUGCAAGUCCACCUAAUUCUAGUGGUCAUACUCAUUUGUUGUCGCAGUAUACCUCUCCUGUUCAUCUUUCUUCGGGUACGUUGAUGGAGGAUGAAAAACUAGCUGCAUUAGGGUUGUCUGAUCAGCUCCCUUCUGCACAAGCUCUAUUCCAAGCUACUCCAUCCCAGUCCACUUUUUCUGCUAGUCAGGUGCGGUUGAAUUACAUUAGUUUAUGUUUCUUUGACGAUCUUUAUCUCAUCAACGACGACAGACUGGUUCCUGCUGUAAUGGAUAGAGCUAUCAAAGAUAUUGUGUCUGGUAUUGUUCAGCGAAGUGUUUCUAUUGCAACUCAGACAACAAAAGAGCUUGUUCUAAAGGAUUAUGCCAUUGAAUCCGAUGAAACACGAAUUUAUAACGCAGCACACUUAAUGGUUGCCAGUCUAGCUGGAAGCUUAGCUCAUGUAACAUGCAAGGAGCCAUUACGUAGUUCAAUAUCAAGUCAGCUAAGGAAUUCAGUUCAGGGUUUCUCUUUAACAAGUGAAAUUCUGGAGCAUGCUGUGCAACUUGUUACCAACGACAACCUUGAUCUUGGGUGUGCAGUGAUUGAACAGGCUGCCACAGAUAAGAUUGAUAAGCAAGUUGUCACUGGGUCCCAAGUUACUCCUGUCGUGUUGACACAGGAAGAACCAAUCUUGGUAUGCAGGAUAUCACCUCUAAAUGGCUUGCGCUAUUUGAUCAGAAAUGUGGCCAUACAAACCAUUGACACAGAAAUAGCUCAACAACUAUUAAGAAGGAAGCAUAGAGAUGGUGUUGGUCAAACAUUUUUUGAUGCUAACAUGUAUUCCCAAAGUUCUAUGGGUGUUGUACCUGAGGCCCUUCGCCCCAAGCCCGGUCACUUAUCUGUCUCUCAACAGCGAGUUUAUGAGGAUUUUGUUCGGCUUCCAUGGCAAAACCAAUCUAGCCAGAGCUCACAUGUCAAUCCUACGGGUUCUGUUUCUUCUGCUGCUACUGGUCUUGCUAGUGCAUAUGGUUCAGUUUCAUUGGAUGUGGCUUCUGAAGCUAUUGAAUCUAAUUCAGCAGCACUUCUUAGUGCUUCUUCAAUUCAUAGUGCAGCAGCUGAUGGAGUUAUCCCACAAAGUUCUGAAAACAACUCCAUCAGUGCUUCAUUUUCUGCUACAGCUUCGUCCUCUGAACUUAAUCCAGUGGAAUCCUCAGAUGUAGUAAAGGUUGGAGGAUUUUUUGCUGAUGCUGAAUUGGGAGUUUCUUCUCAACUGUCUUCGUCAGCUGCGUCUGAGCGUGUUGGGAGUAGCACUGCAGAUGCUUCACUGAACACUAGGGAUGCAUUGGACAAGUACCAUAUUAUUGCUCAGAAGUUGGAGACCUUGGUAACUAGUGAUUCUAGAGAAGCUGAAAUCCAGGGGGUAGUUGCUGAGGUUCCUGAAAUCAUACUCAGAUGUGUCAGUCGAGAUGAGGCUGCCUUGGCUGUGGCACAAAAGGUUUUCAAGGGUUUAUAUGAGAAUGCAUCAAAUGAUUUUCAUGUUAAUGCUUGCCUCGCUAUUCUUUCUGCUAUUCGUGAUGUGUGCAAGCUCGUGGUUAAAGAACUCACUAGCUGGGUGGUUUACUCAGAUGAGGAGCGAAAGUUUAAUAAAGAUAUUACCUUUGGCCUGAUACGCAGUGAAUUGCUGAAUCUUGCAGAGUACAAUGUUCAUAUGGCAAAACUUAUCGAUGGUGGAAGGAAUAGUACGUCCAAGGAAUUCUUCUUGUAUAGAGUAGGCAUUAUUGCACUUGAUUUGAUUACUAAUUCCAUAAAUUGUACAGAGGCUGCAACGGACUUUGCCAUUUCCCUUAUCCAAGCUUUGGUUGUUGAAGAAUCCAAUGUCAUCUCUGAACUCCACAAUCUUGUUGAUGCACUGGCCAAGCUUGCCGCAAAACCUGGAUCUGCCGAGUCAUUACAGCAGCUGAUUGAGAUUGUUAGGAAUCCUGGUGCCAAUGCAGCUUCUCUAACUAGUUUAGCUCUUGGAAAGGAGGACAAGGCAAGACAGUCUAGAGACAAGAAGGUCUGUGAAGAUGCCAUGCCUACCAAUCAGUUGAUAGCUAACAGGGAAGACUUUAGCAACGUUGAAUCUGUGGAACCAGAAGGUUUUCGUGAGCAGGUUUCCAUGCUUUUUGCGGAAUGGUACCGGAUUUGUGAACUUCCUGGUGCAAAUGAUGCAGCUUCUACCCAUUACAUCUUCCAGCUGCAUCAAAAUGGAUUAUUGAAGGGGGACGAGAUGACAGAUCGCUUUUUCCGUGUACUCAUGGAUCUUUCUGUUGCGCACUGCUUGUCCUCUGAGGUGAUCAAUUCCAGUGCACUGCAAUCACCUCAGCCAGUGCAGGGUCUCUCCUUCCUUGCAAUUGAUAUUUAUGCAAAAUUGGUCUUUUCAAUCCUAAAGGUGGAGCAGGGAUCGCAUAAACUCUUUCUUUUGUCGAAGAUUUUGGCCGUUGCUGUGAAAUUCAUACAAAGGGAUUCAGAGGGGAAGAAAAAUUCUUUUAAUGCGAGACCAUAUUUCAGAUUGUUUAUAAGUUGGCUUCAAGACCUCCUUUCCCCAGAGCCUGUUAUUGAUGGUGAGUUUCAUGCCAAGAUUGCUCACAGUGAACGCGCAGAAGGGCUGGCCCUAUGUCCAGCGAUUGCUGGUAGACUUGUUUCAGUUCCUGGAGCCUUACUUGAGGAAUGCCGAGCUAGCAGUGCCAGUUCACUUGUUGUAUAA